UCAAAGAUGGCGGCGUCCAGGAGUGAUGCCACGUCCCUCCCAACCUUCGAUGGGGUCGAAAACCUUGUGAACAUGGUUGAUAUUCAAAAUGCUUUUGACGAAUUAUGCAAAGAAGAGGAGGAAAUGAACACAGAGUUGGACAAUCUUUUAGAACAUCAAUCAACUCUUGAAAAUAGGAUGAGUGGUCUUCAUAAGAUCUUACCUAAUCUUCAGAUUCUUGAGACAGAUUCCAAACAACUCUCAAGUAUGGUUUCCUUUACUUCCACCCUGGCUGAAAAUGUCAGCAGCAAAGUGAGACAGCUGGAUGUAGCUAAAAGCCAAGUUACAGCUUGCAUAACUCGAGUCGAGGAUAUUUUGGAUCUGAAGUUUUGUACAGAUGGGGUACAGACUGCCCUUCAAAAUGAGGACUAUGAAAAGGCAGCAGGUCACGUUCACAGGUUUAGAAGCUUGGAUGAAAACAUUCUAAGAAUGUCUGAAGAAUCUGGCGAAGGGAACACCCUGGACAUGUCCUUCAAACUUCUACAGGAAGCGGAGGAGAAGCUGAAAUCCAUCGUGAACACCAAGUUUGAUGCAGCCGUCCAUACGGGGGAUUUUGCCUCCAUAGAAAGAUUCUUCAAGAUCUUUCCUCUGAUUGGUCUUCAUGAGGAGGGAUUGACAAAAUUUGGGAAGUUCUUAUCUGCACAGAUAUCUGAGAAAAGCCGUGGUAAUUUGAAAAUUGCUGAAUCGAUGACCAGUCGAGAUAAGAAUGCCAAUGUGGUUUAUGCGGAGACUGCCACACAGCUUUUUGAGGGAAUCGCCAGUAUUAUAGAAGUUAGACAACCACUGGUGGAAACUUAUUUUGGCUCUGGAAAACUAUUUUACCUUAUGAAAAUUCUCCAGAAAGAAUGUGACAGACAAGCUAGACAGAUAUUAGAAAAAUUCAAAUUGAAAAGAGAUUUUGAUUCAGUAGUUCAACAUGUGCAACAGAAUGCUGUUUUUCAUCGACCUAAUGCAACAGAAAAAUUUGAUCCUAAAGUAUUAGAUGUAUUAUUAUCCGAAAUGGUGCUACUAAAUACCAGAACAGAACUCUACCUACGAUUUUUCAGGAGGAGAGCUGUGGGAGAUAUGGAAUUAGCAUAUAGUGAUGAAACUCUUAAGGAAAAAGUUAAAGAGAUAGAUAGUUUUAUAUCCAACUGUGAUUUAAAUCGUCUUAUGCAGGAGUUAAUAGGAAAUUAUAUCAUGAUGGAAGAAUAUUUUAUGAGAGAAAUGGUCUUAAAGGCUGUUUCUAUGGAUACAGAAGAUGAGUCAACACAUACAUCUAGUAUGGUAGAUGAUUCCUUUUUUAUUGUUAAAAAGUGUGUUAGGAGAGCUGUGUCCAGUUCCAGUGUGGAUGGGAUUUGUGCAAUGUUAAACCACGCUAGUACAGUGUUAGAGCAGGAUUUCCGAGAGGUUUUAUUCAGCCGAGUCCGGGCAGGAUUUCCUUCGGGCUUUGAUCUCACUCAGGCGUACAAUAUGGUGCAGUCCAGUAUACAACAAGGGAAGCUGCAGAGUUCUGAUCAGGAAAAGGCCAAGACACAAUUUCUGGUUGCAAUGAAUAAUGCAGAAGUCAGUUGUGAAUAUUGUAAAUCAUUGAAAUCCAAUAUUGAGGAAGAAGUUCACAGGCUGUUUAGUAAAAGUUCUGAGCAGAGUAAAGCAAAACUACAGACUUGUGUAUCAGAUCUUGGUAAUGUGGCAGUCCGGUUAAAAGAAGUGGUCAACUUCGGGUUUUCUCAACUCAGCAGUAGUGCCAUUAAACCUCGGUUAAAACCCCUCACAGAUGCCUUCCUGUCUACUAGUCACAAUAUCUCGGAAGAUGAUUUCUCCAAUUAUGAAGCAAAUGAUCCAUGGGUCCAAAACUAUAUCCUGCAAAUAGAUGGCAUGUUAGCCACCUUUAAAAGUGCUCUUUCCGCGGAGAACUAUGACACAUUUGUUGGUCAUGUGACAGCAGAAGUGACAUCACAGCUAGAGAAGGCUGUCCUUAAAACAAGUUUUAACAGACUGGGUGGUUUACAGUUUGACAAAGAGUUACGUGCCCUUGUCGGGUACCUGUCUUCGGUAACCACAUGGACAAUCAGGGAUAAAUUUGCAAGACUGACACAAAUGGCAACCAUACUCAACUUAGAGAGAGUGAAUGAGAUUUUAGAUUACUGGGGGCCAAAUUCUGGACCUUUGACCUGGAGGUUGACUCCAACUGAGGUCCGAAAUAUUCUCUCAUUGAGGGUGGAUUUCAGAUCUGAAGAAAUCAAGAAACUCAAAUUAUAAACCUUGACAGCUGUGAUACAAAGUCUGUGUUCAACUUCUGAAAUGUGAUGAAUUCCAUGUAGUAUAUUCAGAGGGAAAAACAAAAUAGUCUGAGUGUGUGUGUGUUUGUGUGAGUCUGUGUACCUGUUUUUGAAUGUAGGAAUGCAGCGAUUUUGUUAAUAACUUGUGUGAAUGCAAGGAGUGUAAAUUAUUGAUUAUUGUUGUCUUAAUUGAAUUGUACAAUCAGAUUUAGUAAAUUCAACACAGAUUUUAAGCAGGGUUUUUCAUAUCAGCAUUGUAUGGAGGUAUGAAAGCAUUGUGUUGAGAAAUCUCAAGUUUAAUGAUCACUAGAAUGUAUGCAUUUAAAAAUAUGUAACAUUUAUUACUUGUUACAAUGUUUUGGGAACAUAUUUUUUAAUUCUUACAUAUCAACAUAUAAACUUAUAAUGAAAAAAAUUAUGCUGAAAAAUAUUUAUAUCAUUUAUGGCCUGUAUAUGCAUUUGUUAUUUUAUUGUGCUAUAAACCAAGUCUUCUCUUAGUUUACUUUUAUAAAUUAAAACAGACAUUAGAAAGAAAAUAAUUAUAAACUUUCAAUGUAUUAUUACUGGUAAUAUUCAAAUUUUACUAGCCAUGGAAGGUUAUGAUAAAAACCUUGUUUAUGAACGAAAGUCAUCAUACUGUUUACACUGUAAUAACAUUCCUUGUUGCGGCUGAAGAAAAAUUUUAAGUUAUGUGAGUAUUUACCCAUAAGUAAGAAUCCACAUUUAACAAUGUUUAUUAAAUGAUACCGAAAAACUUGUAAUUUUCCCUCACCAUGAUGAAGCCUCAUGGACUAUACCUCUUUUUCCAUAGACAACCUGGAAUUUUAUGUCAUUGAAUGAAAACAAUCCAUAUAAGCAGAAUUUUUUCGUUUGUUUGUUUAGUUUUUUUUUUCUGUUAUGCAUUGUUAUUUCUGCUUUAAUCAGACUUCUAAAAUGAAUUUCAUUUUUUUCAAGAAAAUGGUUGUAAGUAUUUCUAGUAUUCUAGCAUUUGAUAUGACCAAGACACACUUGAAAAUUUCUGUAUAAAUACCUGCAUGUUGGGUUUAUUUUAUGGAAAUUAUAUAAGGGGUUUUCAUGUAUACCUUUAAUGUAUUUAAUUUAUUGAAUGCAGUUUUAAGCUUGUUUAAAUAAGAAUAAACUGUUUUAUGAUUAAAAAAUCAUACAAAAUUA